GGCGAGCCCUUGCGGGAUGUCAAUGAGAGACUCCGACCACAGAUUGGUAAUUGAGGAAUCGCUUGGGUCGGGCUCUGACUCACUGUAGCUUGUUGAGUGGAUUACAAUGCUGUUGCGGUGAUCACUCACCAACGUUCAUUACGGCUAGGAUGACAAAGGUUUCUCGCUUGUCAGACAUCUACAGGUACCUAGUGCAGCACAACAACCACCACACCUAUGCCAGCCUCGGGAAGAACAAAAUGGACGAGUUUGGGGACGAGUUCCGCUCGAUCAACCACUGUGAGAGGAUGAUGAGGAAGAUGGAGGACUAUGUGAACAAGAACACGCUGUGUGACGUGAUCCUCGUCGCAGGAACCAAGCGCAUCCCCGCGCACCGCCUCGUCCUCACUGCUGCUUCAGACUACUUCGCAGCCAUGUUCACCAGCGACGUCCGUGAGGCGUCCAUGAACGAAAUCAAGAUGAAAGACGUCGACCCCGAGGCACUCGCUGCCUUGGUUACAUACACAUAUACAGGGAAGAUUGAGCUAAAGGAGGAGACUGUGGAGAGUCUGUUGGCCACAUCUUGCCUGCUGCAGCUCUCCGAGGUUGUUGAGGCUUGCUGCAGUUUCCUUAUGAAGCAGCUGCACCCAUCUAACUGUAUCGGGAUCCGCCAGUUUGCUGAUGCUCAGGGAUGUACUAAUCUGUAUAAAGUGGCAAACAAUUAUGUGAUGGAACAUUUUGUGGAUGUGAUCCUCAACCAGGAGUUCCUCAUACUGCCAUGUGACGAGGUGUCCGAGCUGCUGUCCAGCGAUGACCUCAACGUCCCGAAUGAGGAGACCAUCUUCGAGGCCUUGGUCAAGUGGUCCAAACACGACAUCACCAAUCGGCGCAAGAUGCUGUCCAAACUUCUGUCGCACAUCAAGCUUCCACUGAUGGCUCCACAGUACAUUGCUGACUAUGUGGAGACGAAUCCUCUGUUCCGAGAUGACAAGGAAUGCCAGCAGUUGAUAAUGGAGGCGUUGAAGUACCACCUCCUGCCAGAGCGCCGGUCAUCAUUCCAGAGUCCCCGCACGAAGCCGCGAAAAUCCACAGUGGGUGUCAUGUACGCAGUCGGAGGGAUGGACUGCAGCAAAGGUGCCACGAGUAUAGAGAAGUAUGAUCUCCGGACCAACACGUGGGUGCAGAUCGCCAACAUGAAUGGGCGGCGCCUGCAGUUCGGGGUGGCCGUUCUGGAGGAAAAGCUGUUUGUGGUUGGCGGCCGAGAUGGACUGAAGACGCUCAACACCGUCGAAAGUUAUGACCCCAAGAAGAAGGUCUGGAUGUUGAUGCCUCCAAUGUCCACUCACCGCCAUGGGCUUGGUGUGGGUGUUCUGGAGGGCCCGAUGUAUGCAGUCGGCGGCCAUGACGGCUGGUCAUAUCUGAACACCGUUGAGAGGUGGGACCCGCAGGCACGACAGUGGAGCUAUGUGGCACCCAUGUCAACAGCUCGUAGUACGGUCGGAGUUGCCCCCCUUAUCGGAAAAUUGUUCGCCGUUGGGGGCCGUGAUGGGAGUUCGUGUCUGAAGUCUGUGGAGUGUUUCGACCCACACACCAACAAGUGGACUCCCUGCACACCCAUGUCGAAGAGGAGGGGUGGCGUGGGUGUCGCCACGUGUAACAGCUUCCUCUACGCAGUGGGUGGACAUGAAGCACCGGCCACUAACCCCACAUGUAGCAGAUUCGACUGUGCUGAAAGAUAUGACCCCAAGACUGACCAGUGGACGAUGAUCUCUCCGAUGGGUUCUCCACGUGAUGCCGUGGGGUUGUGUCCUCUGGGCGACAAGCUGUUUGCAGUCGGUGGGUACGAUGGGCAGCAGUAUCUAAACGAUGUGGAGUCGUACGACCCCAUCACCAAUGAGUGGACCAAAGUUUCCUCGUUAUGCACGGGGCGAGCGGGUGCGUGCGUGGUUCACGUGCCCAGCAGCUGACUAUCGAUCAAGAGGUCGCUUUCCUUCCUCAAGAGGUGGCCCUCGGGACUAUUCCAUUUAAAAAAGGUCCGAUCUCCUCUGUCCACUUGGCUGUGACGUGAGACGGACCGUCAUCAUUCUUACGUGACGUCCAGUCACACACAGAUACGGCUCCAUCUAUGCAAAUAUUUAUAUUACAUGUUGGAUCGUACAAUGAUAUUUAUAUUAAAAGUUCUACUUUGCAAGAAGCGUGGUGUAUACAGGCUAGUCAAACAAACACGCAUUAAUUGCCACAGAUGCAAGAUGUGUUACUGACUGUUCCAGACUACUGACUAUACAAUAUUUACGUUAAACACUGCUUGGGAAAAAGUUCCUUGUUGUGCUGGUAAAAGGGCAACGCUGAUCUGAUAGAUUUACAUUGUAGAACAGUAGAUGCAGUGGUAACUAUAGUUAACAUGAUGUCUGAGAGUUGUAGACUAUAUAGAUGGUGAUAACUAUAGUUAACAUGUCUGAGGACUGUUGUAGAUGAUAUAUACAGCGAUAACUACAGUUAACAUGUUGUCUGAGGACUUGUAUACCAUAUAGACAGUGAUAACUACAGUUAACAUGUCUGAGGACUGUCGUAUACUAUAUAGACAGUGAUAACUACAGUUAACAUGUUGUCUGAGGACUCGUAUACUAUAUAGACAAUGUUAACUACAGUUAACAUGUCUGAGAAUUAUAGAACAGUGUAGACACUGAUGUCGAAGAACUCUGUGUAUUGCUAAAGAGGCUGUCUCAUUGUGUGAUUAGUCACGCACAAUUUGUCAGCUCUACAACAAUAAGAACGUAUAAGACUGAAGUUGUUCAGAUUUAGGUGUUCUCACAGUACGAUUCAAUCACACGUGAUUCGAUCGCAUGUGACAAGUCGGUGCGACUAACUGCACAAUGAGAAUGCCACUUGACUGAGAUUACUUAGACGUAGUUGGCCCUGUACAGCUACAUGCUGUGUGGUGGAUCAGCUUCAGACAGACUGGAGUGGCUGCCAUGCAGUACACCUGGGCAUUGUCUUAGUCUUAAUGUGAUUGCUGCUGUAUUAAGCCAGUCUUUAUAAAAGUUCACUUAAGCCGCUGCUGCUCAAAACAGACGUGGUUCCAGUAUCAAACAACUGCUUAACAUGAAUAUAUCAAUGCAAGAUGUUUUUAAUUGUACAAGAUAUUUUCUGAUUUAUCAAGUGCCUUAUUAUAUAUCUCAAAAAGCAACAAAAACUGCUUUGAUGUACAGUGUAUAUUUGAUUCCCUGUUUAUAACACCAAUGCAAUUUGUUAUUUAAAAACAACAGAAAAACAAUUCAUUACAGUUUAAAAAAUAUGGAAGAAAUGUUAUGGAAGAUUAAAGAACUUCUUUUAAACCAUGUCACAUUAAACAUUUGUAUAACAAAGGAAAACUAAGUUUUGAUUUUUAUCUACAUGUAAAAUGAAGAAAUAUUAGCAGGUGUAAUAAAAGUCAGCUGAUUUUCUUAUUGAUAGAUCUGCAUCCUCAUCCAUCAGUUUUAUGGAACUAAUAGGCCAAAUAGCCAAAAUAGCUGUAGCUUUACAAAAGCACGGCGGGUUUCAAAUCAGCUUUUUGGGGAAUUAAUAAUGAAAUGUAUUCGCUAAAUUCCAGUUUAAUUUACAUUUGGUAAUUUGGUAAAUGACAGCUAUUACCCAGGUUUUAGGUUUUUCAGUCGGGGUAGGAUGGGGGGGGGGGGGGGGGGGGGACAUUUAAAUUAGCAGAAUCACUGGUUUUCCAUAAUUCCAGUUGUUAUUAAAUAGAAAUAAAUACUAAGUUUGACGGUACCGUAGAUGAGGCUUCAAAAGAAAUUGUUGUUCAUUUUCUAUGUGUACUUUUCUAUGAUAACUUAAUAUUGUAUACUCUGUGACAGUGUUAAUAAUAUUUAUAUAUAUAUGACAGCAUUACAGUGUGUUUUGUGUAAUCCAAGUCACAAUUAUGGCAUUGGUUGGUUUAUUUGAAUGUACUCAAGUAAUGUCCGAUUGUUAAUGAUUUCCAAAUGUAGCAAGUUGUAAAAUAUGUUUAGAUUGUUUCUCACUAUUUAUUGCACAUCUAGUCCCAGACAGUCAAAGAUCUAGGGAGAGGAAUUGGAGUAGUUGGAGUGAGGUAGCAUGGGGUUGGGGGAAACAGUUAUAGAAACGUAAUUUAUCAAAUACUACUUUUUGAAUUUGAUGUACAAAAUUGCAUUUCAUUCAGUAAGUGUUGAAUAAAAACCUUAGAUCUGCAGGACUGGCUUUGGCACACGCCAAAUUUGCCAACUGCAAAUUUUAGAAACAAUUGCCAAAUUGUUUUUUUAAUUUGGAAAAAUACUUUUAUGUAAUACUUGUUAUUGAUAUUUUGUUUGAAAGUAACUGGGUUUUUGCCAUUUUUUAAGUUUAAUUGAUAAUUUGGCGCAUUUUUCUGCUCACCCAGAGCUAACCCUGAUCUGGGUGAGUAGUUGUCUUAAAAAUACCCAAAACUCAACUUCAGAGACAUAGCACAUCUGUCCCUGUUAAUCUGCCAUUGCUUGAAUUUGGGUUCCCCACCCCAGUUAACCCCAUCUUGGAUGAUUCUGGAUCUGUUUACUGCAAUAGUACAUUUUAUAAACAGGGUGACUUUCAGAACACUGUCUGCAUACAGAAAAAACCAGUCAAAUACACCAUAAGCAAAAGAGCCUGGUUUAUCUACAUAUUGACUUGACAUGGUAUUUGCAUGUGAAGAACAUAUACAGUCACUGCACCAAAGCUGAAAUAAGAUUCAAUAUGUAUAAUAUGAUUUAACUAAGCUUAAUUGAAAUCUUAAUUAUAUGUAUCAUAUGAUUUAACUAAGCUUAAUUGAAAUCUUAAUUAUAUGUAUCAUAUAAUUUAACUAAGCUUAAUUGAAAUCUUAAUUAUAUGUAUCAUGUGAUUUAACUAAGCUUAAUUGAAAUCUUAAUUAUAUGUAUCAUAUGAUUUAACUAAGCUUAAUUGAAGAUCUUUAAUUAUAUGUAUCAUGUGAUUUAACUAAGCUUAAUUGAAAUCUUAAUUAUACGUAUCAUAUGAUUUAACUAAGCCACGGUGAAGAUCUUCAUUUUUAACAUUCCAAACAAUAGACCUGGUGACCUCGUCUCAUUUCUAAUCAUGUCAUCAGUAAGUCAAAUAAAAUUCCAUUUAUUUCCUCUUAUGAUCAUCUCGUUUCAUAUUUGUUAACCAUUUACCCAGAAUUUCAAAACAGAAAUACAUAAAAAAUAAACACCAAAUAAAGAAACAUAAUGUACCAUAUAAUAUAACUUAUAUAACCUCUGAAUCAUUAUACAUUCUCAGGCAACCCACUUGAAAUAAUUACAACCUAAAAUAUAACAUGAAGUAUGUUAAAUAUCAAGUUUUUGUACUUUUGAGAUGUCCAUAUAUUCAUUUGCCGUGUUUAUUAUUAGGGAGAUGAUCGUCAGUUUUUGAAUGUUAGUGUUCAUUGCGUGUGAUUUAGUUGUUUGUACAUGUGACGUAUAAUUGCGAUUACAUCAAUAUAUAACCAUUGUUUUAACCGGGUGAACAACCAGCUGUACAACGUUCAUCGUCAUUGAAGUUAUGCUGGGAAUAAUUACAUAUAUAUUUUUUAAUAUUUCAGAAAAUUGUGGGCAAAUAAACAAAAAACUGCUUUAAAAUAUUUAAAUUUUGAGAAAAAUAAUAAACAGUUAUGAUUUUAAAAGAUGCUUAAAUGACAGAUUUUUACUGAUAUGGUAACAUUACUAAAAAAAAAUAAUUCUUAAACUUUUAACCUAAAGCACAUAUUGUGUAGAGUUUGGGGAAGGGGAGGGACUAAGUAUUUAUUAAAAUAUUUGAAUUAUUUUAAAAGUAAAAGUAAAAAACACAACAUGUUUUGUCCACGGUGAAAUGUAUAAAACAUUUCCUGAAUAUCUUAAUCUGUAUUGAUUGGUCAAGUUGCAUGGAUGAAUCGAAUGCAGAUCAAGAGAUAACUUAAAUGUUGACUUGCCUGUUCAAAAUUUAUCAUUGACAAAGAUGAUCACCUUCCAGUUGGUUGUUCACGGUGGUUACACUUGAUAUUAUUGCUUCAUAUAUAAUUAUAUAUUUGUAUGUAUUUCACCUAACAAUCAACAAUGCCUACAAAAUGUGCUUCUGUGAGGGGCUUUCACCAAGUCAUCAUAUAACUAGCUUUCUAUUUUUGAACAAAACACUGAUGUCAAAGUUGCUAUUUUUAUAUUGUGAAAUAUUCUAUUUUGAUAUUCAUGUUUCACUCGCCAUCGAUCCUUAAUGCCUUCCAUGGGCCAAGUAAACAAUGAAAACCACAAGAUCUUUGAGGUAAUGUCAUGAGUUUUGUAUACCACUAAGUUUCAUCAAGUAAAUCAAACUGAAAGCUAUUUUAAUCAAGCUUUUUAAAAAACUCAAAAAACAAACCAGAACUUGCAUGAACCAAAAAAUAAUUGCAGUCAAAUAUUAUAAUUAAAUUUAGUUGUAUAUUUUAAUUGUAUGUGUGAAUUUGUUUUGUAAAUACAUCAGUAGUAUUGUUUGGGUAAAGUUCACUGAGACGUGUGGCAUAGGAAUGCGAACGUUCAUUCACUAAUAGUAAAAUCAGGAGAUCAUCAAAUUAUUUGGUAAAUGAUGUCAUUUUUAAUAAGCAUUGGUCAAUGAUUUGGUUAUGUUACACGGCUGUGUGGACCAUUUCAUUUUCUUCGGCAGCUGUAGAACAAUGCCUUAAAAGUGUUUGACGUGAACAUUCCUACAUUUCGUUUGCCACAGUUUCAUUUCGUUAGCGAUUAGUGUACUUUUUCCAUCAGGGGGCCCAUUGGGCUAUUUCUCGCUCCAGCCAGUGCACCAUGUCUAUGGGAUGGUGCAUAUAAAAGAUCCCUUGCCGCCAAUCGAAAAGAGUAGCCCAUGAAGUGGCGACAGCGGGUUUCCUCCU